AUGAAGUUCCCCCGCGCCACCGCUGUUCUGCUUUCGCUCGGCGCAUCGCUGGCGUUGGGUAAACUCCAAUGCGUCAACGACGACACCCUCGCCGCGGCCGAGCUCCCUCAGAUCUCGCUGCCGACACACGUGAAGCGGCAAGAUGUGCCAAAGGAGGUUGACGUCUACUUCCACGUCGCCAGCACCGAGGCCAACCAGGACAGAAUCAGCGACGCCACCGUCGACGCCCAGUUCGAAGUCCUGCACUCAACCUACCUCCGCCACGGCUUCUCCCUUAACCUCGUCAACGUAUCCCGCGUCGUCGACGACGUCGCCGGCAAGGGCUUCUACGACGACGAGGGCAUCGGCAUCCCCGACUACGACGCCUACGUCGCCUGGCGCACCGCCACCCGCCGCGGCGCCUACGACGCCCUCAACGUCUACUUCUUCAGCGACCUGAACGAGGGCAUCGGCGGGUACUGCAACCUCGCGGGCGUCGUGCAGGACGGCAGCCAGCAGUUCUAUCUGGACGGGUGCUGGGUCAACGGCGACAGCAUGCCGGGCAUGGUCCCCCGCAGCAGCGCCGGGAACGAGACGGUGGUCCCGAACAAGGGGCACAUUGCGAUCCACGAGGUCGGGCACUGGUUUGGGCUGUUUCACACGUUCCAUGGCCGGUAUUGCGACGGGAUCAAUGAUCAGGUGGCGGAUACGCCGGCGCAGGCGGGCGCGAGCUCGGGGUGUCCUGUGGGCAGGGACUCGUGCCCGGAUGCGCCUGGGCUGGAUCCGAUUCAUAACUUUAUGGAUUACUCUGACGAUACUUGCACGACGGAGUUCACCCCGGGACAGGAGGAGAGGAUGCACCAGCAGUUUGACGUUUAUCGCAGGUGGCAGGGAUAG